AUGUCAUAUCGGGAGAAUCCAGGAUACGAAUCAGACUCCGGAGAUGAGCCGGUAGGCUAUCAAGGAGACAAAGGAUAUAUGACGCCGUUGUCAUGGAACGAUGCAACCAACGAAGAAUUAGAUUGGUUUGCCGAUGUCAGGAAUACGCGAGCCAUUGCAUUGCGAAGACGACAACGGCUGGGGAACCUUACAACCCCAGAAGAACAACAAGAGCUCCGAGAGCUCGAACAUGACGUUGAAGAAAUUCAACGCGUAAUCAAUAAUAGGAAGGACAUUGCAAAGGAUUUCGAGGACGAAUUCCUAACGCAUACGGACCUUCCUAGAGGAGAAGUAAUACAAGUCGAUCCAAGGCCAGAAGACGCCGAAGGAUCAAACAAGGAUAAAGGACGGGAGGAAUGGAAUCCUCUCGGCAUCAAUCCAAGUUUAUUAAGGAGCGGCGACUCCAGCGUUACGCCAACAUCCAAGAAACCCUACGAUGGGUUAGGAUUAUGGAAAGGAGUCAGGACGACACCUUUAACUAGGACAGCCUCGGAAGGAGGAAGGCCAGUAACGCCACUCGGAGUACCAAUAAGGCCACAGUCGGCCAUGGCACAAGCAGGUAGUUUGGGAACUACUGGUCAAAAUCCCAUCAAAGCACGGUACGAUCCAGCAAAUGGACCACCAGUGCAUCCAGGACCGACGUGUCUAGAAUUCCAGUGGCAGGAAUAUCUCCUGGAAAUGAAUCUCUACGCGCUGUAUAAUUCUGCACAACCAGAAUCGGAAAAGGAGGAAUUACAGCUAGGCUGGAGAACGACAUCUCCAGGCAAACAUCCACAUAUACGACGAUGA